UCCGUGCUGGUAUCCGCUCAGUGCGUGUGUGCGCGCGUUGGUGCGAGCUUCGGCUGCUGCUGCUUGUCACUCACUGUGCCGCGGCGCGAACACGGGUAGCGACAAGGACCAAAAACCCGUCCUGUUGCAGCUGCUAUUUUACAUCUCUGGGAAAAAAAAAAGAAGAAGAAGAAAAGAAAAGCCACACAGAGGCUGCUCUGUGUUCAUCCAGAAGCUCUCCGCUUGAUCUUCAAGGAGAAUACCUGUGAGACAUUACAAUGAUUCAGAUAAGGGACGUCCUCUGGGGACUGCUGUUCACCGGCUGUGCAGCUGCUAUUCAGGUGCAAAUCACUCCGGCACAAGGGGAAAUCAGCGUCGGAGAGUCCAAAUUUUUCCUCUGCGAAGUGGUUGGGGACGCUAAAGACAUCGACUGGUUCUCCCCCAGCGGCGAGAAGAUCCUCCUGUCUCGGCCGAACAUCUCUGUGAGCCGCAGCGACGAGUCCACGUCCAUCCUCACCAUCUACCACGCCAACGUGGACAACGCCGGCAUCUACAAAUGUCUGGCCAAAAACGCGGACAAGGAGGCCCAAGCCACAGUUCAAGUGAAGAUCUUCCAAAAGAUCACCUUCCAGAGCGCGCCGAGUCCACAAGAGUUCAACGAGGGCGACAACGCCGACAUCGUCUGCGACGUGGUCAGCUCGCCGCCGCCCACCAUCAUUUGGAAGCACAAGGGCUCCAAACUCCAAUCGGCCAAAGAUGUGCGCUACAAGAUCAUGGAUAAUGGCCACCUGCUGAUACGUGGCAUCAAGAAGGUCGAUGAAGGAAUGUAUAAUUGUGAGGCUCGUGUUAUGGCCAGGGGAGAAAUAGACUUCCGGACGAUAAAGGUCAUCGUUAAUGUUCUUCCCACAAUCCGUGCCAGGAAGUCUGAAGUCAACGCCACAGCAGAUGUUGGUGAAUCUGCCCUGUUGGCCUGUGACGCAGACGGCUUCCCUGAGCCCACCGUUACCUGGACGCAUAACAACAUCGUCCUUGAAACGGGCGACAAAUACAGCUUGAACGAGGAUGGUUCUGAAUUGGUAAUAAAGGAAGUCAAAAAGGUGGAUGAAGGAGAUUACACUUGCAUCGCCAAGAACAAGGCAGGAGAGAAAACCGAGGAAGUCAGCCUGAACGUGUUCGUGCUGCCGAACAUUACCUACUUCAACAACGAGACUGCCUCAGAGUUUGAUGAGGAGGUCACCCUGACCUGCGAGGCCUCGGGUGACCCCACACCCACCAUCUCCUGGAGAUUUGGAAACAGAGUUUUCACUGAAGGAGAGCAGGCAUCUUGGACACGACCAGACAAAUAUGAGAGCCUUGACAGGAACGUUGUAGUACGAAGCCAUGCGCGGGUGUCCUCCCUCACCCUGAAGAACGUCCAGUUCACCGAUGCUGGCCGUUACCUCUGCACUGCCAGCAACUCCAUCGGCGAAGACAACCAGCAACUGUUCCUGGAAGUGCGCUAUUCUCCAAAGAUCAUGGGCUUGGUGGCAGCAUACACAUGGGAAGGAAACCCAGCCAAUAUUUCUUGUGAGGUGGCAGCCAAUCCCAGAGCCUCGGUGGUUUGGUUCAGAGACGGCAUCGAGCUGCCGAGUGCUAACUCAACCAACAUAAAGAUCUUCAAUACUCCGACCAUCAGCCUUCUGGAGAUCACACCUGAGUCCCAAAAUGACUUUGGGAGCUACAACUGCACAGCUACAAAUGUGAUAGGCUCUGAAUCCAAGGAGUUCCUUCUAAUCCAAGCAGAGGUGCCGUCGUCGCCUAAAAUUGAAGAAGUGCAGCCGUUCUCCAGCACGGCGGUGGUGGAGUUUGAGGAACCCUUCUCCUUGGGUGGAGUGCCGAUAUUAAAGUACAGAGUGGAAUGGCGUUUGCCUGGGAAGGAGUGGAAAAGUGAGGAGUACAAAGCUAAAGACGACAUGACCAGGAUAACCAUCGUCGGACUGAAACCGGAGACGACCUACGAGGUCAAGAUGUCCGCCAUCAACGGCAAAGGCGAAGGCGAGAGCAGCCGUUCCAGCACUUUCAAGACGGAGCCAGUCCAAUAUUCUCUCACAAUUGCAUCAUCGAUCCCACCUGCUAUCGCUGCCACCACUAUGGCCAUUAAAGGGGAACCAACUUCUCCCAUACUAGAAGUCACACCUGUAAAGAGCAGUAAUUCUGCUAAAGUCAAGUGGACCAAGCAGGAUGACGGAGGCUCACCCAUUAAGCACUACCUGAUCAGAUACAAGGCUAAGCAUAUGUCUGACUGGAAACCGGAAAUGCGCCUCCCCUCUGCCAGCGAUUACGUAAUGCUGAAUGGCCUGGACUGGAACACGGAUUACGAGAUCCUCGUGGUGGCAGAGAAUCAGCGGGGCCGAUCCGAGCCGUCCAUCACUUCCUUCAGAACAGCUUCCGAGCCCACCACCGUCCCAGACACCGCAGACGGCGGCUCGGGACUCGGCACCGGCGCCAUCGUGGGCAUCCUCAUCGUUGUCUUCUUGCUGCUGCUGGUUGCCGUGGACGUCACCUGCUUUUUCCUGAACCAGUGCGGCCUCCUCAUGUGCAUCGCCGUCAACGUUUGCGGGAAAGCCGGCCCCGGCGCCAAGAGCAAGGACAUCGAGGAGGGAAAGGCGGCGUUCUCGAAGGACGAGUCUAAGGAGCCGAUUGUGGAAGUGAGAACAGAGGAAGAAAACGCCCCGAACCAAGAAGGAGGGGGUCCCACUGAGCCCAAUGAGACCACCCCGCUGACAGAACCAGAACCUGCCGCUGCCGACUCCCCGAACACGGCGGUAAACCGACUCCCCCCGGCUGCUGCUAACUCGGUUACAGAGAGCUUUAGCACGCCACAGACUAACUCCUCUCCUAAAAACACCGCUGCAGCCCUUUCCAAUUCACCUAAAGCAGACUCCGAAUGCAGCGUCGGGCCCCUGGUUGACCUCAGCGACGCUCCAAAAGUUGCCCCUGCCUCCAGCCCUCCUGUAUUAGAGCCAGUUAGCCCACCGUCCGCUAAUGGCGACAGCCCUCAGAACCCGUGUGAGUCAGUGAAAGCCCCCAGCAGCACCCAGAGUAAGGACUUACAAGUAGACGGCCAGAGCAACGAUGCCCGCUGUGCCCCAUGCUCAGACUCCACCACAUCAACCCAAAAUGACGGGAAGGCUGUGAAGAGCGACCACGCCAAAACCGAGCCGGAGGUGAAGGACGCCACGGCCGAGGUGAAGACGGUCCCCAACGAGGCGCCUCAGGCGAACGGCAGCGAAAGUAAAGCGUAAUGUCCUCCAGCCGGGAGCGGCGAGGAGGAGGAGGGAGGGAGGGGUGCAGGUUGGGUGGGGAGAGUUUGGGGUGUGGGCUUUACAAGUUAAAAGCGGGGGUGGUCACAGUCACUGAAACUUCGAAACAAUUUCACACACACCACCCCACUGCAUUAGACAAAAAAAAAAAAGCAGCAACUCAGAAGAUAAACUACAAAGAAAAUUUGUGUUUCUGCGGAAUAUGAGCAGGAGUGAUAAACCUCAUGCAACGCCUUAGUUCCCAAUACAUCCACCUAAAUCAGUCACUGUAAAACCAUAGAUAUUCAGGCGUCAUGUCACCCGUUUUUGUACGUAAUAAGCAGAUCAGCAUCUGUAAUAUUUUCUCUAGAUAAACUUGGAUGAACUGUAGCUUUACUUCACAGAUUUACUGCCUUUUAAGAUGCACACAAAUGUAAGACCGACUCUACUACUCUUUAUGCUCAUUAUUGUGAUAAUGGAUUAUGGGUCUUCUUUUUCUUUUGUCUGUUUUAUUUUUGUUGUUGUUUAAAUACUGCUCUCACUGCCUAUGUAGCUGUUCCUUAAUGUCUUAUUAAAGCAUGUGGGUUUGUUGCGAAGUUGCUGUAUUUCUGUAAACUCGUAUUUGAUCGGGUUUUGUUCUUUUCCGCUCCUUGGUCCUGCGUUUUCCUUCAUUUCAUCUUCACUCUCCCGAACAAUGGAAGAAUGAUUGAGAGAAAUAUUGACGUAAAAGUUGAUGUCUUGUUUUCUUUUUCCUCCUUAAAAGUCUAUUGCAUCAGAGUUUUGUGAAUAGUAAUUUUAGUAAGCCAAUUCUGAUUUCUCUUCAGUAACUAUAGAUAAAUGCAUUCAAAAUGUUUCUUUUUUUGUUUGUUUUUUUUUUUUUUUUUAGCUUUUUAAGACAUCAUUAAUCAAUUAUAUUUGGAGCAAAGGCAACAUCUCACCACGUGGUGAAACAGGGCUUCACAAACAAAUAUUAUCCAAUUUAGCUUCUUAUAUUAGCAAUUAGCGCUGUUAGCAUUAAUAGCUUUAUACCACAGUAUAAAGAUUCCUAUUCUCUAGAGACACUUACCUUCGAUUUGAGCCCAAACAGUUUACAUUCCUGAAUUCAUUGUGCUUUGUGGCGGAGAUUGAAUGCUUGGAAGGAUAAGACAAAGUAACUUUGCUGUAAAACCUUUAGCUUUCCGUUUUGCAGAAGAAAUUGCAAUCCCUCUCUUUAAAAGUAGCAGCCAAAAUAUCUGUAGAAAUUAGUUUCUUACACCUCAAUGUCAUUUUUAAACACUUUACUAAUUUUCAAAGGACUACUCAAUAGACUUUAGCAUACAUCACUCAGUUUCAACUUCCACACUAAAGAGUGUUGCUGUUAGCACAAAAUGUGGGACAGUAAUUGAUUGAAAAAAUAUCGGAUUUCUGAGUUUCUAAUCCUCAAGUUUUUCUUUUGGUUCAUUUUCUGUCCUUUCCUGGCUUCUGACAAACAGCAUGGUGGGUUUGGUCGCCAUGCUGUUUUUGUGUCUUGCAUUUGCUCUUCAAAAGCUGAUUCCAUGUUUUAUUCUUUUUAUAAAUCAUACAGUUGGAACAUAAAAUGUUUUUUACAUUUUUUCCCCCCUUAUGCCUGAAAUUUUCAUGCCAAGACCUUGAGUUAUCCGCUCUUGCAUGUUGACCUGUAUAUGGACUCAAUUUUCAGGGGGCCUUAAUGUUUUUGCUUAGAUUUUUUUUAGAUUAGCUAAAUCCCAGCUUCGUUCUUUUUUGUAGGCUCCUGUUUAAUUCCAAUUUUCAUGCCUUAAAUUGUCUUCAUCUCUUAAAUAUCUAUAAAAACCCUCCUUAAAAUUCCUCAUGCUACAAUAACCUUGACUAAAUAUUGUGUAGCCAAAUAUAAUGGGCCUUGGAUGAAUAUAAAUGAACUGGACCAAUGAAAACCUGCCCUGCAGGAUGUAAAUAAUGGGAACCUCACUUAAAAUCUAUCAUUUAAGUUAUUUACUUAUGUCAGUAGAUUUACCUGUAACCUCAUUACACUGUUUGCAGUUCUCCAUCUUGUCUUAAAAUCCAUGUAUACGGACAAACUAGGUCAAAAAUGUGUUCUACUCAUGAAUUAAGCUUUGUAACCCUGUUAAAAUAAAAUGACAAAUUAAGGUUUGUGCAUAAUUAGAAAUUACCCAUGCAUUGAAAACAUUUGCAUUUGUACAAUUUUUACAGCGCAAUAUUCUGUAAUAAAUUGUAGGGGGAAAUGUAUGGUUCUAAUUUUUUACAAUUCCAGCACCGUGCAUCGAAACAUUUGAAUGAAAAAUGUCCUGUCUAAUCCUGAUUUUGCUUUUUAUAGAGGAGCUAAACCCGUAUUUGAGCCCCUAUUUACUGGGAACUCUAAAAUCAACCCUCAGUAAUUGUUCGGAUUGAUUUUUUUUUUUUUAUUUGGAACUUUGCAUUUGUAACAAAGAUUUCUGCUUUGUGUUUCCGAAACAAUUUGUGAAGCAUCUGCACAAAACCGAUUCACAAAUAUAAAUAUAUAUUUCUGCAGGUGCACAAAGAACAUUAUAUCCACAAAAUCUAAAGUGAAACCGGCAGCGUGGCCCACCGUUUCAUUAAUCCAGCCAAAUUGUUUGCGGGCACUCAUGAAGUUCUGAGGUUUCGUCAUCAGAUGGUCGGCUGAUUCUUCAUAAGAAUUUCAAAUACAGUGAAAGUAGAUGGUGAAACGCCACCAAACAGUAACAUAACCGGUUCUGAUGUAGCAGGACUCUGUAAAUUCCUUUAUGUGUGCUGCGAAACGUUUGUGUUUUGAGUUCUGAAAAUUCACAUUUUUUUCCUUCUCUCUCACACGUGUGUCACACUUUUCCUGAGGUUUCCUUACAGAGAUUUGGACACGUAGGUUAGGCAGCAGGUUUGGACUUUGGAGUGACUUAAGAGGUUACAGAAACAUCAAGUUAGUCUGGACUGAGAUGUAGUUGUUCUCAUGACUCAUUUUAGAAAUAUAGAUCCAAGUGUGUUAUGUCUUUGUAUUUGGCGUAUUUGGCUCCUUCAUAGCCAGAGUUUGUUUUUUCUUUUCUUUUAUCAUAUUUAUUGUUAAGAUAGUAACCGAAUUGAACUGGAACUUUGGAAAUUUGCAGCUUCUCUUUUCAUUAUGUGGCAUCAAAUCUGAAGGGGCUUAUCUAAAUUUGGUUAGGCAGUAAAUUAUUGCGCAGCAGUAAAAAAAAAAAAAAGUACAAUAAAGUAUGUUCUGUAGUUUACUUUAGUCUCUAAUCCAUAAACAUCUUAUGUCAUUUAUUGGCCUUUCUGUUGAGUUGUUUUAAAGAUCAACCCGUUCAACUGCAAAAGAAAAAAUCUGUUUCACUUUCCGAUGUUUCACUAGCAGUUUUAUGAAAUGUGUGGAAUUUUAAAUAUUUUUUAUUUGAAAUUAUUUUAACAGCAGCACCUUCCAAACUUAUUGGCUGUCCUGGCAGAAAGUCUCAAAAUUCAUUUUUCCAACCUGAAAUUUCAGGAAAUUUUAUCACUGAUGAAAAAAAUCCCACCUUAAAAACAUUUUUUUUUUUUUAACAAAAGUGUUGGCAACUCUUAAGAGUUUGUACCUAAUUUAUUUACUGACCUUGUACACUGUUAAGCUGAUCGUACUGUGAAGGAACAUAAUGCAUGAGUUGAAUAUGAAGAGUCACAGAGGCCCAUCUCCAUGGAGACUAAGGAAUAUAAGAGAACAUGCUAUUUAUAUAAUGUUGAAUUUUCAAAAAUCUGGAAAUGGAUGAUAUUUAAAAGAACAAAAAAAGCUGCUAGCCCGAACUUUUCAAUAUUUAAAGAGACGUUUUUAGAAUUUUUAAAGAGGUGGUGCAACUUUUCCAAAGCUCCAUUGUGACUUUUUAAAAAAGUAAUAAAAUAAAAUAAAAACAUGGAAAUGUUCCCCAAUGAAUAAAUCCUCCUAAAGUAAAGUUUGGACUUUUCACUGUUUUCCGAUGAGAUCGUGUUACUGCAGGACAUUUUAUGGACAGCUUUUUGCGCCGUUACCAAGGUGACCAAUAAAUGUGAAGGUUCUGUUGUAA